AUGAUUCCAACUGAGCACGGCUCGGAUUCGGACACGAGUGUUGGUAUGGAAAGCCGUAGCGGACAAUUCAGAACAGGAUCAGUAAGUGAGACCAUGGAGAAACGGAAAAAUGUUCUUCGCCGUCUGACUGGCGGUAGUUUGUACCAAGUACGUCAUCGUGAUCAAGGAAAAUUGGCUGAAAACAGCCAGCUACGUUUUUCACCUAAGAAGAACACCGAUCCAAUCCAGUCACUACUUGGUAUGGAUGUUGAUCUGGAUAAACUUGCUGAGGAAUCACUGGAUCAGACUCAUUCAAAUGUGGCUCGAGCACGUCGCGCAAAACGUUACAUGCGUUCGGCUCCGGCGGGUUUCGCCACAGGGAACUAUUCAACUGCAUUGGGUCCCCUACAAGAGAAGCAUAAGCUGAACCCAUUGGAACGUGUGUUUCUAGAGUCUGCUGAACGUGGGGAUAAAUCCACUCUGGCGCGAUGUCUUAGUUUCAAGGACAAAGUCAACGUAAAUUGCGUCAAUAUGCUAGGUCGCACAGCUAUCCAAAUCGCUGUGGAUAACGAAAAUAUUGAAUUGGUAGAACUGCUGUUACAGCAACCAGGGAUUAAAAUUGGUGAUGCUUUACUCUAUGCUAUACAAGAAGGUGUUUAUCGCAUCGUAGAGAUGCUUAUCGAUCAUCCUUCGAUUACUAAGGAGAUGCUGGGUUCUUCUUGGCGUGAAAGCGGCGAGUGCUCAACGGCAAGUGAGGAAGAAAGUCAUGACUUUUCUGCUGAUAUUUCUCCCGUCAUCUUAGCCGCGGUUUGUAACCAGUUUGAAAUAUUACAACUCUUGUUGAACCGCGGUGCUCGUAUUGAGGAACCUCAUAAAUCCUCAUGUGAUUGUGCUCGAUGUUCUAGAUUAUUAGCUGAAGACCCACUGAAGCAUACUCUUCAAAGAAUCAACACGUACCGAGCAUUAGCAAGUCCUGCGUGGAUUUCACUUACAUCACCUGACCCUAUUCUCACAGCUUUUGAACUCUCAUCGGAAUUACUUCAUCUAGCCUCUAGAGAAAACGAGUUCAAAGAAACAUUCAUUUCUUUGUGUGAACAGUGUCGGAAAUAUGCUUGUGAUUUGUUGGACUUGUGCCGGGGUACCGGUGAGGUUGUUGCUGUUCUGGGGAAGAGUAACAAUAGCGAAAGCGAAUCAUCAUCGGACUCCGAUGAGGAGAUGGAAGAUCCGUGUAAAUUACACGGUCACGCAGGAGAGGCUAAUUCCACAAUUAAUGAAGGAGCGGCUGCUAGUGUAGGAGAACGGUGGGAUCAAGCGAACCGGUUAGAUCCCAACGACUGGCGUAGUUUGGUCAACCGGUCUAACGGCUCAAGGAGGCGCCAUUUGGGUUGGACGCGUCACGAGAAUGGUGCGCAUUUCAGUCAAGGCCAAAGUAUUGAAAGUCAGCAUACCGUAGUAGAUGACCUAAACGAUGAUGGGAACCUCUCGGUGGCAAAUUUCGCAGUGUCGAACAAAGGUCAGGAGGGAGUGAAACCCACGUCACUGAAAAAGGCAUUUUUGACCCCUCCAGGUCCUCAAACACACGUCGAUGACUAUUCUGAUAAACCAGGAAGGGAAGAGGUCCAAGAACACACACAUGAAGAAGUGUCAAGAAAACUUGAAAUAGUUGUUCCCACACCAGAUUUUUACGAAGCCUGUCCAACUAUCCCUAAUAGGACUGAUUCAAACUCAGAUGACGGUGUGAUGAGUUCGUUCUCUGGAGCCCAGUUAGGGCGGUCAAAUUUGUUUUCCCAACCACGGAAAGUGAGUUUUGAUCAUGAGGUUGAGCUCUCUCGGAAGAAAGCUAGUACGAACUCAACCAUUACCUCUAAGGCUGCAUGCUGUGGCUGCCGCAGAAAACCUCGACGUCUGACAAAAACACCCAGCGAUCCUGAGAAGAAUGAGGAAACUGGCAGUGCAACAAAGGAACCAACUGUGAUUUACUCUUUCAAGUUGGAUCGACUUAAGUUGGCCAUAAAGCAUGAACAAAAGAAAGACAGUGGGGACAUUCGAGAGCCAGGUGAAUCGCGUGACCCAUUGGCAGCGUCCAAAUGCGUGUCCAGAUAUAAACUGAAACUGUUGGAAAUUCAGGAGCUAAGCUCAACUGAUAAGUCGCAAAAAAGCGAAGAUGUUGAUGAUCUAUCCAUGAGUCCUAAUCAACGUCAUAUGUAG